CAUCCGUCAAAACCAUCUGUCUCUGUUUCUCUUUCGUCUCCUCUACUUCUCCAGUCGGUCAUCAAACCAUUUCUUCAAGAUUAUCCUCAGAAAAUAUAGAAACUCCUCAGAAAAUUCUUUCUGAACUUUUACUAGCAAAUCUUGAUUAGGGGUUUAGCUUCCUUUUACUAUUUUGUAAUGAUGAGAAUGUUAUAUUAAGUGAGUCAUUAACCGCUUUGUAAGUAGUAUUUAUUGGAAUCGAAACGAUGGAUCAUGUAUUCGGUGGCAAGUUCAAGUUAGGUAGAAAGAUUGGUAGUGGAUCAUUUGGUGAACUUUAUAUAGGGAUUAAUGUUCAAACUGGAGAAGAAGUUGCUCUUAAGCUGGAACCUGUGAAGAUAAAGCAUCCUCAGCUGCAUUAUGAAUCAAAAGUAUACAUGCUUCUUCAAGGAGGAACGGGUGUUCCGCAUCUCAAAUGGUUCGGUGUUGAGGGGUAUUACAAUUGUAUGGCGAUUGACCUUCUUGGUCCAAGCUUGGAAGACUUGUUUAACUAUUGCACUCGGAAUUUUUCUUUGAAAACUGUUCUAAUGCUUGCUGAUCAGUUAAUAAACAGAGUUGAGUAUAUGCAUUCUCGAGGAUUUCUUCACCGUGAUAUUAAACCGGACAACUUUUUGAUGGGUCUCGGUCGCAAAGCAAACCAGGUGUACAUUAUUGAUUAUGGGCUUGCUAAAAAGUAUAGAGAUCUUCAGACACACAAGCAUAUACCAUACAGGGAAAAUAAGAAUCUAACUGGAACUGCUCGGUAUGCAAGUGUCAACACACACCUUGGGAUCGAGCAAAGUAGGCGAGAUGAUCUGGAGUCUCUUGGUUAUGUGCUGAUGUAUUUCCUACGAGGAAGUCUACCAUGGCAAGGUCUAAAAGCUGGUACCAAGAAACAGAAAUAUGAAAAGAUUAGUGAAAAGAAGAUGCUUACUCCAGUAGAGGUUCUUUGUAAGUCAUUUCCAUCUGAGUUCACAUCAUAUUUCCAUUACUGUCGAUCAUUGAGGUUUGAGGAUAAACCAGAUUAUUCAUAUCUGAAAAGACUUUUCAGAGACCUUUUUAUUCGGGAAGGUUAUCAGUUCGACUAUGUGUUUGAUUGGACAAUCUUGAAAUAUCCUCAGAGUGGCUCUAUUUCGAAACCAAGACCAAAUCCAAAACCAGCUCUAGACCCUCCAGGACCAUCUGCGGAACGAAAUGAAAAGCCUCUAGUCGGGCAGGAUUUGCGAGAAAGAUUCUCAGGUGCAGUUGAAGCAUUCACUAGACGAAAUGUAUCGAGUCAUGGUAUUCGCCCUAAGCACAUUUUUUCUGAUGAUGCUUCCAAAGAAGUGCAAGUGUCUGAAAAAACCCGAAAUGAGAUUGCUACAAAGAUGGCAGUGAUAUCAAGCAGCCAACCUGGCUCAUCAGGUGAGCUUAGUGAGAACCGCUCAAGUAAACUUUUUACAAGCGGUGCCCAAAAGAUUCAACCGGGUCAAGAAACUAAGUCAUCCACAAGGCUUGGGCGUGAUGACGGCCUGAGAAGCUUCGAUCUGCUUACUAUCGGUUCUGGAAAGCGGAAAUGAGUUACCGGAAGAAGAUUGUGCAAGUUUGGAAGAAUCUGAAAAUGUGUAAACAAUGAAAAAAUCUAUAGUCCAUUUUUCUCUGUUUACCCUUUUGAGAGGAGAGAAAGUAAUCUGUCUCCCGCUUUGUGUUUAUAGUUGUUCAUAAAAUUUUAUAAAGUGGUAUAUGUAACUUGUAACACAAGUACUUUGUUUAUAUUAGUUCAAAUUUGGUCAAACACUUAAAUCUAUUAA